AUGGCACAAGGCAGCUGCGAGGAUGAUGGGGAGGGCGUGGUCAGCGGGGCCAGCACCAGCUGUGGGGGGCUGGGGGCCCCUCACGUGGUGCGGGAGAACUUGUGUGCAGGAACCAGGCUGCUUCUGAGCAGGAAUGAAGAGGAGAUGGUCUCAGCUGAAGCCUUGUUCAUGAAGCCCGACGCUGCUGGGAACCGCAGGGUCCCAGGAUCCAUCUUUGAUGGCAGCAGCGUCUUCCUGGCAGGUGGCAGAAGCCAGGAUUCCUGUCCUGAGCCUGCUUCCCUGGAUGUGGAGCCCGGAGGACUCCAGAUGCUGGCUCUCACUGCCAUGACUCUGGCGGGGGCCGUGGUCUCUUCCUCGGUUGUUACUGUGAAGCCGCGGCCCCAAGGGGGGCUCUCUGAGGGCAGCCAGUCCCCGGAGCACGUGCGUCUCAACGUGAGGGGCGGCGUGGGCAAGCUGACCCCAUCCGUGGGAGUUGGGGGCACAGGCCUGGCUGUGGGGUGGGCCCGGCUUCCCGGGGGCUGUCUGACCUCCCAGAGACGGUACUUGGGUCAAUCCGACCUCCACUUCUCGGAAGCAACAACGGCCCUUAGCAUCAGGCUCUGGGCGCUGCUUCUCCGGCCCAGCCUCCUGGGCGCCACCCCGGCCGGCUCCAUCUCUGGCCCUGAGGAGUGUGCAAGGGCUCGGCGGUGCGGCAUCGGGACCUGCAGGUGGCAACGAGGUGCGGGCCGGUGGGGCGGGGGGGGGCACUGCCGCAGCACCGCCUGGGGCCAGCCCUCCGCCAAGUGCCUGCCCUGCGCCGUGUGCCCGGACGUGGCGGCCGCUGCCAGCAAUGCACUGAACCCCGAGGCCAUGGAGACCGACCUGGCUGUGGUGAUGAAGAAGACUCCGAGCCAGGAGUCUUCGGCCAAGUGCAAGGGGACGGUGGACGCCCACGGCUCGACCAUCCUGAGCGUGCUCGGCGGGGCCCCGGGCAGCGCCCCGGCACGGGUGUGCCAGCCACCGCGGAGGCUACCGGCCACCCCGCGACCGCUCUCCGAGGAGGACACAUCCGAGGUGGUAGUCCCAUCCAUGGCCAGUGGGCCCCUCAGCUCCCGACCUCCACGGAUUCCCGUGAGCACAGGGUGCCAGGGCUGUGUCUGGCCGGUCACCCGGCUCCGGGACACCGUGGGGCCCAAGCUGUCCAACCGGGUGGAGGUGACCACAAGGGAGCAGUGCGAGUCCCUGGGGCCGGGCCUGACUCUCCUCUGCGAGGACUACAUCUGCCAGCUUUUUGCCCCUCCCGAGCAAAGACUGAGGCUCGUGCCGCCAAAUGAGACCUGCAGGAAGGAGGGCUUCUGUGAGGAGCCGAAGGAACGGGCCCACCUGGCUCACGCAGCUGCUGUGGACGGGGUCCCUUGGCUGGCGCUGGCGUCGCCGAGGAAGAAGGGUGAGGUCCAGAGGAAGGCUGGCAUGCCCUGUGAAGUGUGUCUGCAGGUGGUCCAGAAGGUGCUGGAAUCCAACAGCAGCAAGCUCGUCAGCCGCGCCCUGGAGCGUGUGUGCUCGGUGCUACCCGCUCCCGUGGUCCAGAAGUGCGUCAGCUCGGUGGAUACCUACGGCCCUUCCUUGGUGGAACUCCCGACCAGAGCCACCGCAGAGAAGCUGCGCACGUGCACGCGGCUGUACGGCAGAUGGAGGCGGGCCUGGGCAGCCCACGAGGGUCCUACGACGCUGCCACCGCCCCCGCUGGGAAAGGAGAACCAGGGCAGCUUCUGCAGUGGAGGCAAGUGGCUUCUUGGCAUGUCCGCCCACAACCUGCAGCAGCAGAGCACCAAGCGCCGCGUCCUGAGGGCCUUCAAGGGCGUCUGCCGCAUCCUGCCGCUGCCCCUCAUGGUACAGUGCGACCACCUCAUAACCGAUUGCCAGCCCGUGCUCAUCGAGACCCUCGGGGAAACGAUGGACCCCACGGCCCUGUGCGCGAAGAUGGCCUACCACGCUCCCACGGCAGCGCUGCUGGGCACCGACCGGAGCAUCCUGGCACCGAGCUUCUGGUGCAAGAGCCAGGAGGCCGCCGAGACGCGCUGCUCCGCGGAGCACUGCCAGAGCCACGUGUGGAGAGAGACGCCCUCCCCACGCUGGAGAGCACGCGUGACCACGGCCGCCCGAGACCCGGCGCCGGCCAGCACCCCCCACCCCCGGGAGGCCCUCAUCUCCCCGAACCCCACAGGAACCCUACAAGGUGGAUCGGAGCUAGCUGACUGCGCUGCCGCCGCCCAGCGCACUGCCCCGACUCUCCAUCCCUGUGCUGUGGCUGACGGUGCGUGGGGCCUGGCGCUGGCCGCUGGGGCCCCCUCUACACCUUGCUGA